AUGGCGAGUGACAGGACGCUUCCAGAGCACCAGGAGCCACAAACGUUGAAAGUACCCGUCAGCCCUCCCCUUCACCCUCACAUAGACACCCUGUGGACGAGGCUUGCAGCUGCAGGUUUAGGAGACAAGCGUCUGACAUUUCAAGGUAGUCAGGAGAAUCCAGACAAAUUCAGAGACUUUCUAUUUGAAGCAUUCCCUCCACUUAGACAGGGAGGGGGAUUUGAACUUCUCAAAAUUUCGGGAACAAUCAGAAGUCGUCAACUGGUCCUCAUCCCCUGUCCCAAUGAAGGCUACCAUGUUCGCCAUCUAAAAGAUCCACAAACUCAGAUUGGACAUGCUACCAUUUUCAUUCGCCCACUUCAAAGGACCCUGAACCUGGAGCCUAUAGGUCAACCAGGAAGCAGUAAUGAGCUGGCUGGACCACCCCAGAAAUGUGUCCCAUGUGAAGAAGAGUUUCCUUUUUCGAGCAUAAAGGCCCACAUUGAUGAAUGCAUGAGGCAAUCACAGAGCAGUGUUGAGGAGCAAAUGGAGGUAGCCGGUGAAAAUCUAUGCACUCCCCAAAGAGAGAGUAGAUUUGUGAGCAUGUUAACAAGGUCACAGGAGAGUCUGACUGCCAGGGCCAGCAACACAGAAAUCUCAAAGCCACAUCAGGGAGAAAUGCAUACUCAUGAGAUCACUGAUCUAGAGCCGGCUGAGGACAGAGGAUUUCCUGAUUGGAAAAUCAAAGAAGAUCCUGCAGAGGCAGCAAUGAAGUUCAAAGAAGAUAUUUUAAAUCAGCAUGCAACUGGGAAACCACUGAGUCUUGUCAUGGAUCUUGGAGACAGUGCAGAGGACAGGGAGAGGACAAUCCUUUCUUUUUACAAAUUGGCUCGUGUUGAGUGGGCUUCCCCUUUGACAUGCACAUUAAAGCCCCUGCAGGAACUCUCCUGUUUGAGGGUGAAAAAGAUCAUUUGAUUCCCUCUACGUCUACCUUCCUUCUGGAGAGUGACUUCUUCAUUGUUGCUGGACGAAUGAUUGGUCAUUCAUUUCUACAUGAUGGGCCAUGCCUUGGUGGACUGAGCCCAGCAAUUCUACAUGUGCUCUUUGGUGGAUCCCCAGAAGAAGCCACCAUAGAUAUCAAAGACUGUGCUGACUUUGAUAUCCGUGAAACAUUCAAGACACUGGAUGGUACAGAAGAAUUAACACCUGAUGAAAAGGACAGCAUCAAUGAGCUGGCAUUGUCCUGGGAUCUGCCUACGGUCACCUCUGAGAACAGGAGAUGGCUGCUUGAUAAACUGUUGCUCCAUGCUGUUCUUCAAAGGACUUCCAGACAAGUCAAACAGUUACGGCGAGGUUU